AUGUCCGCCCUGGGCCUACGCCACAACGACUUUGCGAUAAAGUCCGGGAAUUAUCUUGAUGUGCUGUCACAGGCCGCCUGGGAAGGUGAUGAAGCUGCCGUGCAGGCGCUACUCGAUAAUGGAGCCAAGAUCGAGUCCAAGGAUGAGAAGCAGGGCCGUACACCAUUAUCAUUCGCUGCAUUGGGAGGCCACGAGAAAGUUGUGCGACUGCUUCUCGACAAGGGCGCCAAAAUUGAGUCGGCGGACAAUAAUAGCCAGACACCGCUAUCAUGGGCCGCCUGGGGAGGGGACGAAGCCGUCGUGCAGCUACUGCUUAAUAAUGGCGCCAAGAUGGAGUCCAAGGAUAAGAAGCAAGGCCGAACGCCAUUAUCGUUCGCUGCUUUUGGAGGCCGUGAAAAAGUUGUGAAGUUGCUGCUCAAUAAAGGCGCUGAGAUUGAGUCAAAGGACAACGAUGGCCGGACGCCGCUUUGGUGGGCUAACUGGGGAGGUCACAUCGCCGUUGCGCGACUGCUUGCCAGGCAUGCCCCUUCAGCUUCUGCUUCUGCUUCUGCUUCUGCUUCUGCUUCUGCCAUGAAUACGAUAUGGAAGCAGAUUCCUUCGCGGUUGCGUGCUGGGAGAGAUGAUGCCCCAGCAAUGUUGGCCCUUUCCGCACCACACAGGAGGCAUGAUUUCCACUUUGCACGCGAUAGUUCCGAUGACAGUCGUCUCACCACGGUCAGUCUAUGCAAAACCUGUAGAUCGGCGAACCUCUCCGUCUUCGACUUCACCGCCGUCGACGCAAACUCCACCAAACAAAGCAUCAGUGGGACUAGUGUUAUCAAAAGUGCACGUCUAGCUGAGAUGAAGGAUGCGAAAAACUGCUCCCUAUGUCAACUUAUUGUGUAUGCUCUUGAAGACACGCGCUCCGAAUGGAGUGCGCCCGAUGGAAGAGAGACGAACGAUUCUUCUCUACAAGUGCAAGUUCGACUUGUCCCAUAUCCGUGGUUUGUUAGCAGGCCUUUCCACCUCUUAGAUAUUCGGACCACGCAGCCCUUUUCUUCGUCAAGUUUCGGACUGCAACUUUUUCCUAGCACAGUCCAGGGUGAUUCCGUCGGGCGAGUUCUUGACCCUCAAAUAUCUAUGUCCCUUGUCAAGGCCUGGAUAGCAAAAUGCGUACAGCAACAUGGACAAGACUGUUGUCAGUCAAAGACACUCCGAUUUAAAGAAAUCGAACCGAUGAUGCUGGUUGUUGAUGUUGAGAAGGAACGUGUUACUGCCAUAACAACAGACGAUGAAUACCUGGCCUUGAGCUAUGUGUGGGGGAAAGCAAAGUCGUUAUCCUUACGGAAGGCGAAUUUCAAGGAACUUCAACGGCCUGGAGGACUGACCAAGAGUUUUCCAAACCUCUCCCGGACCAUUCAGGACGCCAUCACUUUUACGAAGCAACUUGGCCACAGAUAUAUUUGGAUCGACUCUCUCUGUAUCUUGCAAGACGAUGAUGAAUUCAAGUCCAAAAUCAUCCACAAGAUGGAUUUGGUAUAUGGGAAUGCAUUCAUGACUCUUAUUGCUGCGUCAGGGUCCGACUCUAACAGUGGGCUCCCUGGAAUUGGUAAAACCCCCAGGACGUCUGAACAACGGUUUGCCCAUGUAAGCCAGGACUUGAGACUUAUAUAUGCUCCCACACAUAUCAACCUUGUAAAAGAGAUGUGGGCGAGGAGAGCUUGGACCUAUCAAGAAUAUUUCUUCUCUAAACGCAGAUUAAUCUUCCAUCACGGUCAGGUUAUUUUUCACUGCCGAAAGCAAACAUGGAGAGAAGAUUUGGCUUUUGAAGAUUUGAAAAGUUCGCCUCAGCAGUAUGCCUUGUAUCCCAGACCUGGCCCCUUCUCAACCGCGUGGGAACCGGUGAGGGGACAGGUUGGCCACCCUGAAAAUGUCUAUUGGGAAGCCGCGCGUGCGUAUUCUCGACGAGCCUUAACUUGGGAAAGUGAUGCCUUGAACGCCUUUUCCGGCAUCAUAGAUCAUUUCCAAUCCGAAGAGACACUGGACACAGAAUUUGGCUUGCUGACUGCGUUUUUUGCAUCAAACUUGUUCUGGCAGUCAGAAUUAUUCAUGGUUCGCCGGGAGGGAUUUCCAAGUUGGUCUUGGCUGGGUUGGUCAAAUGGAAGUCUUGCAAUCCAGAAAGAUUUAUGUGACUACCAAACCCAAUGUCUAUCCCAGUGGGUGACGUAUUGGAAGCUUCAAAGAAGCGGUACGGAGGUCAGGUUAUUCAGAGUCUCGCCUGCCUUGCAGAGCGACGCAAGCACACUAAACCCCGAACAAGAGACCAAAACUGCAGUCACGUUACUUGCAACAUUGGCUGAGCUAUGGAAAAAUCCAGAGAAGGGAACCAAAAGCUCUGAUGUCUUCCACAAUAGACACGAGGUCGCAGACAUCCUAUAUCGCCUAGCCGCACUAGCAAAGCCCAAACCCAACGUACAGCAGCUUACCUAUCAUCAAAAUCCAGGUGUAGAGGCGCAGGGAAUUCAUUUUCGGGCACUUACCGCCGAGGUAUGGGUAUCUGCUUGUGCACCAAAUGGAGAGGUACCCGAAUGGUAUGUUGGAAUGCCAGGCACCGACAUCGUUCUUCGACCUUGUUUAUACCUCUAUUCGUGCAGGGAACCUAAACUUGAGCCACUUGGUCUUGCUUACUUGCAAGAUGCAACCCGAUUCCAUUCUGUCUCACUCAAGACUUCGCAAUAUGCUCCAGGCAAGGUGCAGACAGGCAUGAAUCCAGGAAGCAGGAAACUAUUACUCUAUACCGCAGAACCUGGUACCGUAUUUCCCGAGAUGGUUUAUGGCACUCAUGGGGCAGAAAGCAGCAAUAUUCCCCGAACAAGGCGCGUUAAUAUCCAACCCUCAGAGAGCGAGAUAGAAGCAAUGAGUUUCACGAAUGUAAGACCAGAUGAAACCAUUUUCAACCUUCCAGGCGAUGCGGAGGAACGAGAGGGCAUCCUACACGCGCGAAGAAUCUUGAAGGCGAAGAUCGCCAUAAUCUCAGGCCCCGUAAAGGGGGAGCAGCGGAGUCUUUAUGGCGUACCGUUUGGUUAUUGGUGGGCAAGCGACAGAGGGUUCUUCAGGGCCAUGCUACUGCUGGAUACAACAACAAUUACGAAUUCGCAAAGCAACGUUGUUGCCUGCAGCCAAAGGCUUGGAGUGUGUGAUCUGGAAUUGAGUGCAAUCACAAGGCUUGGGGCUACGAAAUUUGAGGAGAUAUUUCUCGUUUAG